GAUUGGGCGGGAGCUACCGUAUUGGCUGUUGGUGCAGCUGCUGUAGGCUAUUUAGCAUAUAGAUCUUUCUGCUGUAAAGACAAGUGCUGCAAAGCUAUGGUAAACCAGGCGGUACAGAAGGACAAUCCGAAGGUAGUUCAUGCUUUCGACAUGGAAGAUCUGGGAGACAAGGCGGUUUAUUGCCGAUGCUGGAGAUCAAAGAAGUUCCCAUACUGUGAUGGCGCCCAUACGAAACACAAUGAGGAGACCGGUGACAACGUGGGCCCUUUAAUCAUCAAGAAGAAGGAAUCCUAG